AUGAGGGGUCUGCUCUUCUCUUGUCUUCUCUUGCAGGUCCCGUGUCUUGGUUCCAGGGGGGAUGAAAACCGAACGGGGCUGAUACAAUUUCACUUCCAUCUUCUCUCGACCCUCCCUGAGAUUCAGCUGCUGAUUUUCCUGGCUUUCCUGCUCAUGUACCUGCUCAGUCUCUGUGGGAACAUGGCCGUUGCACUCACUGUCUGCACCGACCGCUCCCUCCACACCCCCAUGUACUUCUUUCUGGCCAAUCUGGCAGUGCUGGAGAUCUGCUACUCCUCUGUCAUUGCCCCAUUGGCCCUGGUCAACCUUGUGUCAGGGAGGAAGGCCACCAUCUCCCUCGCUGGCUGUGGCACCCAGAUGUUCUUCUUUGUCUUUGUGGGAGGUGCUGACUGCAUUCUGCUGGCCGUCAUGGCGUACGACCGAUAUGUGGCGAUCUGCCACCCACUGCGCUACACCCUCAUUAUGAACUGGAAAGUCUGUGCCUGUCUCGUAGCUGGCUCACUGGUGCUGGGCUUCCUAUUAUCCCUGCAACUGACCAUCUUGAUCUUCCGCCUGCCGUUCUGCAGCACCAAGGAAAUCGAUCACUUCUUCUGUGAUAUCCCUGCUGUCCUGAGGCUGGCCUGCACCAACACACAUGUCCACCAGGCUGCCCUCUUCAUUGUAAGUGUCACAGUCCUGACCAUCCCCUUCCUGCUGAUCUGCCUCUCCUAUGUCUUCAUUGUGACUGUCAUCCUGCAAAUCCGCUCUGCAGCCGGCCGGCGCUGCACCUUCUCCACCUGCUCCUCCCACCUGACAGUCGUCCUCCUGCAGUACGGCUGCUGCAGCUUCAUAUACCUACAGCCCAGCUCCAGCUACUCCCCGGAGCAAGGUUGGGUGGUGUCUGUAGUCUACACCUUUGUCACCCCUGUACUGAACCCCCUGAUCUACAGCAUGAGGAACAAGGAGCUAAAAGAUGCCCUGAGCAGAGCGCUGGGAAGGAAAAUGCUGUCCCAGGGAUAG